AUGUCUCUCUUCCUCUGGUUCCUCAGUCGGUGGCCCUCCACAGCCCUCUCCCUGCUGCUGCUCAGUGUAGUGGGCAGACAGACGGGGCUGGUGGUGGUUCAGGCGACAGUGUGCUCCCGGUGGGGUGUACCGAGUGACAAGAGCCUCUCCCAGGGUGGAGAUGUGAUUAUCGGUGGACUUUUUAAUCUCUACUACAUACCCUCAGCUGUAGAACAGGGCUACACCAAGCUGCCAAGUUAUGAACCUUGCACUGGUUUAGAGUCAUUAAAAAAUAUAUAUGCUAUGGCAUUUGCGGUGGAGGAAAUCAAUGGUAACAGCACCCUGUUGCCAGGAGUGAAGUUGGGCUACCGUAUACUGGAUAGCUGUUCCCGAUACCCCUGGGCUCUGCAAGGUGGUGAGCUUGUUCCUUUACUCAUUGGUGCUUCAAGAUCCACAACAGGUAUAAUGCUAUCAAGGAUACUGGGCCCUCUCUCUGUGCCAGUUAUCAGCUACUUGGCUAGCUGCCCCUGUCUUAGUGACAGGACAAAGUUUCCUAACUUCUUCAGAACAAUCCCCAGUGAUAUUUACCAAGCCCGGGCCAUGGCACAACUGGCCAUACGCUUCAACUGGACAUGGAUGGGAGCUGUGAUAGAAAACUCAGAUUACGGUCAAUUGGCAAUACAGGUAUUUCAGGAGGAGAUUCAGGGGAAAGGAGUAUGUUUGGAAUUCAUAGAGACUCUCCACAGAGAAACUAUAGUGAAUGAUGCCAGACGAGCAGCUCUCAAGAUUAAAACUUCGACUGCAACAGUGAUUCUGAUUUUUUGCUGGUAUACAGAUGUAAAGAAAGUAUUUCUUGAACUGGCCAAGAGAAAUGUGACAGACAGACAGUUUCUGGCCAGUGAGGCUUGGAGCACCAGUGAUGAUCUUCUUCAGGAUCUUGCCAUCUCUAAAGUGGCAAGUGGUGUUCUUGGUGUGGCCCUUCGAAGUGCAACAAUACCUGGAUUUGAGAAGUAUCUCAGGAGUUUGCACCCAAGUCAUCGUCCUGAUGAUGAAUUCUUCAGAGAAUUCUGGCAAGAGGAGUUUGGAUCCUGCAGUGGGACAGAGUCCCUGGAGGGAGUGCAGCAUCCCUUCACUGACACCUCUCAGCUAAGGGUGGCAUAUAAUGUGUACCUGGCUGUGUAUGCUGCAGCCCACGCCCUCCACAGCCUUCUCUCCUGCCCCAACAGAGACAGCCCUCCUGGAAACAACAGCUCCACCUGCUCCUCUCCAAAACACAUCAAACCCAGGGAGCUGUUGCAGCACUUGAACAAAGUGAAUAUCUCAACACCACAGGGAGAAAUGUUUCAUUUCCAGGGUGCCGACAUUCCAGCAAAGUACGACCUCGUCAACUGGCAGAACACCCCUGAGGUGUCACUUAAACUUGUUUUGAUCGGUCAUGUGGACGGGUUUGACCUCCACCUUAAUGAGUCAGCUAUUCAGUGGAGCACAGGAACUAAUCAGGUUCCUGUUUCAGUGUGCAGUGAGAGCUGCCCCCCAGGUACCAGAAAGGCCAACAGGAAAGGAGAACCUCUCUGCUGCUUUGACUGUAUUCCAUGUGCUGAAGGGGAGAUUAGCAAUAAAACUGGUUCUCUACACUGUGAGCGUUGUCCAUCUGAGUUCUGGUCCAAUUCUGAACAAACAGCCUGUGUCCCUCGUCAGCUGGACUUUCUUGCCUUUAAUGAAACAUUGGGCAUCACUCUGACCACUGCAGCUGUGUCUGGUGCUGCAGUGACGACAGCUGUGUUUGUGGUGUUUAUUUUAUACCACAAAACACCUAUGGUGCGAGCCAACAAUUCGGAACUGAGCUUCCUACUUCUUCUGUCUCUGAAGCUUUGCUUCCUUUGCUCACUGGUCUUCAUCGGUCGUCCAUCAGUCUGGUCCUGUCGGUUCCAGCAGGCAGCCUUUGGGAUCAGCUUUGUACUUUGUGUUUCCUGCCUCCUGGUCAAAACCCUCGUAGUUCUUGCUGUUUUCCGCUCAGCUCGGCCUGGUGCUGAAACUUUGAUGAAGUGGUUUGGUCCGGGCCAACAGAGAGGAAGUGUCGGCCUCUUUACUUCUGUACAAGUUAUCAUCUGUGCCAUAUGGCUGUCCCUCAGCCCUCCAGAGCCUCGACGUGAUCUGGGUUUCCAAGGGUCAAAGGUCACCCUGGAGUGUUCCAUGGCCUCUGUGGUGGGCUUCUCUCUGGUUCUGGGCUACAUCGGCCUGCUGGCCUGCACCUGCCUCCUCUUGGCCUUUCUUGCUCGGAAACUCCCUGACAACUUCAAUGAGGCCAAACUGAUCACCUUCAGCAUGUUGAUAUUCUGUGCUGUCUGGGUGGCCUUUGUCCCUGCUUACGUUAGCUCUCCUGGUAAAUAUGUUGUCGCUGUUGAAAUUUUUGCAAUUCUGGCUUCCAGCUAUGGUUUACUGAUCUGUAUUUUUGCCCCCAAAUGUUUCGUUAUUCUAUUGAGGCCUGAGAAAAACACUAAGAAACACCUGAUGGCCAGAUAGUUGUCCCCAUAGUCUGUGGUUAGACUACCACUAAAUAGCCACAUGCUUUCUUGUUAGCGUCUUGUUAGACUUUCUCAGAGGUUAAUUUGCAACACGUUACAAUAAAACUGUACUGCAAAAUAAAACCAAAAAAAAAGUAUCCAUCCUGAUAUGGUUCCAUCGUUACCUUAAGGGUUAAUUUUCAGAUCACUUUGCUGGCUGAUCCAGUACAAUUUCAUAGUUGUGGCACACAUUUCGCGUUAAGUAUAGUUUUAAAUGAAUUGCAGAAAAAGUGACACCAGAAUAAAGCAUGAAAUGUUCUCCCCUAACUGUUCAGCUGCAUCUCUCCAGCCUGUUGGACCAUCAUCUCAGCUGCUUGCAGUGUGAAGCUGCUCCUCCUCACUUUGUCAAGCAGAGUAUAUAGUGUCUAUGAGUCGAGGUCAAUAUCUGGGUCAGGGUCAGUCUCCAUCAUCUCACAUGCAGGUUGGCCCUCAAUGACAUGAAAUGCUUUUUGUAGCUAAAUUCAUGAGGAGAGUCUCACAAGAUGGUGACAAAAAGGCAUGUGGCUAUGCUAUAAUAGCCUACCUACAAACUCCAAGGGACUUUUUUUCACAGUUCAG